AUCAAAAGAAAAAAAUGUUUUAAUUCCAAAUGAUUCAGUUUCAGUUUCUUCUGAACUUUUUUAAUUUGACUUCACAAAACCCUUAAAGAGAGAGAGAAGACAGUGAGAGACUCGAAUGAUCGAGGUACUACUACGACAAUGACGAGGAAACCACAGCCGCAGAUUCAGCCUCCGUCGUCACGUCGCGGCGGCGUCGUUUGGCUUGGAUGGAAGCUCGUUAUCGUUUUCUCCGCCGCGCUUUGCCUUUUCGCUCUCUUAAGGAUCCAAAUACAUUCCGUCUCGACAUUGCCGCUCUCCGUCGCGAGAUCUCGUACCACCACCAUCACCACCCCGCUCCGUGAAUACUCCGGCGAUCUUCGUCCCAAGCUCGCUUUCCUUUUCUUAGCUCGCCGUGAUCUCCCUCUUGAUUUUAUGUGGGAUAGUUUCUUCAAGGGUGUGGAUCAUGCUAAUUUCUCAAUCUAUGUACAUUCGUUACCUGGUUUCGUGUUUAAUGAAGACACUACGCGAUCUAAGUAUUUCUAUAAUCGCCAAUUGAACAAUAGCAUUAAGGUAGUAUGGGGAGAAUCAAGCAUGAUUGCAGCUGAAAGAUUGUUGUUUGCUUCUGCUUUAGAGGAUCAGUCAAAUCAAAGAUUUGUUCUUCUCUCUGACAGAUGUGCUCCGUUAUAUGACUUUGGCUAUAUAUAUAGAUAUCUUAUCUCUUCGCCGAGGAGUUUUGUGGAUAGUUUUCUUCAUACUAAAGAGACACGGUACAGUGUGAAAAUGUCUCCUGUCAUACCUGAAGAGAAAUGGCGAAAAGGAUCCCAGUGGAUAGCUUUGAUCAGAAGUCAUGCAGAGGUCAUUGUAAAUGAUGGUAUUGUAUUCCCGGUUUUUAAGAAAUUCUGCAAGAGAUGUCCACCAUUAGGUACCAAUGAGGCAUUGUUGUUUCUUAAACAGAAACGGCGCAACUGCAUCCCCGAUGAACACUAUGUGCAAACAUUGCUUACGAUGCAAGGACUAGAGAGUGAAAUGGAACGACGAACGGUGACAUAUACUGUAUGGAACGUUUCGGCUACAAAAUAUGAAGCCAAAUCUUGGCAUCCCGUCACUUUCACAUUUGAAAACUCUGGCCCUGAGGAAAUUAAAGAAAUAAAGAAAAUAGACCAUGUCUAUUAUGAGUCUGAAUCUCGAACUGAAUGGUGUAAGGCGGAUUCAAGACCAGUCCCGUGCUUUCUUUUUGCAAGGAAGUUCACGAAUGAAGCUGCUAUGCGCAUUAUGAGGGAAGGGCUAAUAGGAACAUCAACAAACAUAACCUUAUUAUAACUCUUUAACAGUGUAAGCAAGUUGUAAUAACCUAUCAUGUUAGGUCAAGCAACAGAGAGUAUACAUAGAGUAGGGCAUAGCAUUGAUUUAUAGAAAUCCCUCAUGAGUCUUACUUGAUUGAUUUUAUAUAUGACGCUUAGAAGAAACCAACUCAAAGAAUUUUCUUUUACUUUGGAAUCUUGUUUGGGUGUUAAUUUUUUCCCGAAGAAACUGGCUUCAAUUAAUAUAUAAUACGUUACGUUUAGCAA